AUGGGACGUUUUUAUGACCUGCGCAUCUGCAGAGUUGAGCAGGCCUCCCUGCUUUGUUUUACGACUUCACUAGAUUCGUCAUGGAGUUGGUUGGUGUUGGCAGUCUGCAUGCUUGGCACGACCCUGAUGGGGAGUUCCUACGUCCUCUUCUCACUAAUCUACCAAGAUUUGAUUGAGGAGUUUGAGACAACAUCAACAGUGGUUGGCUGGGUGGGUUCCAUCUAUGCUGGCUCUGCAAAUCUCAUAGGCAUCCCGGCAGGACUGGCCGUGGAUCGAUACGGCUGCAGAGUGGUCUGCAUCUUCGGAUCAAUCGUUUGCGCACUUGGAAUGUUUCUUUCGUUUUUCGCCACACGUGUAACCAUUCUUUAUUUUACCUAUGGAUUGUUAUCUGGGACAGGACUCGGUUUGAUGGUGACCACGUGCAACAUAAAUUCAAUGAGAUAUUUUGAAAAAAAUAGGGCGCUAGCUGGCGGGAUUGUGAGCGUUGGAUAUUCUGUAGGAGCUAUUUUUAUCGGACCUCUUUCAAGAUAUUUAUUUCAGUUGUAUACAUGGAGAGGAGUGAUUGUUCUAGUUGCAGGAUUCACGUUGCAAAUGACGGUGGCUGCUGCGUUUGCGUUCAAACCGCUGCCACUCAAGCCACUGCAUCGUCCAGAAAAUCACUGCGAGCACUCAAUAUUUAACAAGAACACUUCAGUUGCGAAUGAAUUUCGAAAAGAAAGUUUUCGGGAAAUUCUGUCUGAUCCUCAGGUUGUAUGCUUCCUGUUGAGCUGUUGUUUCAUGUACACAGGCGCCCAGUCCCACAUCCACCACAACCCGAGGAGGGCCAUCCUGCUGGGAGUGCAGAGGCAGAGGGUCGCCUACGUUCCAAUCAGUUUCGAUGUCGCUUCUGCAACUACUAAAGUGAUAUGUGGGGUUGUGUCGAACUUCAUGAACAGGACGAGCAGGAUCACCCUCUACUCCACCGCGGUUGUUGCGGUUGGUUUGUGCCACAUGGCAACCUUCCUCUUCAACGACUUCUUGCUCAUCCUUCUGCACGGUGCAUUGACCGGCUUUUUCACAGGUUUUACUUUCAGCUUAUACAUCACAAUAAUGGUUGACUUGAAGGGUUCGGUCAACAUUACGAAGACUCAGCCUGCGACAUCCUUCUGUUUCGGUGUCGUGGGAUUGAUGAGCACACCUUUCACAGGAUUCAUAUAUGAAGUAUCGAGGAGUUAUAACGUGACGUUCCUUACGACAGGCUGUCUGAUGGUCUUUGGUGGGUUGUGGGGCUACGGAGCUGCUGCUGCCCUCUCCAGGAGGAACUCAAAACUCCAAGGAAAUUUGGAAGAUUCAUACAGGGCAAUUAAGGAAAUAAAUGACGCGGCCUACAGGACACAAGAUCGUGGUAGAAAAUGGACAAAAACGAAAGUUGUCCAGUUGAAUAAUUUAUCUUUUGUUAAUCGAAAUAAAGAUGUAACAACGCCUAUGUUAAGGACUAACAGGCUAAGGUGA